GAAGGGACGGCGGGGAGGCGGGGACUGCUUGCCCCCAUGAGUACCGGGCUGCUGAGGCUGUGCCAUCGCCUCCUACUUCCACCCUGACUGAAGUCUGUGGCUCUGAUUCCACACCUGAGGGGCUCAGGAUGCUGCUGCGGGGAGCUCUUCUACUGCUACUAGCCCUACCCAGUCAUGGCGAGGACAACAUUCAAGGGCCCCCGCUGCCCAAGGGGGCCUGCGCAGGUUGGAUGGCAGGCAUUCCAGGGCAUCCUGGCCACAACGGGACCCCAGGCCGGGAUGGCAGAGAUGGCACCCCUGGUGAGAAGGGUGAGAAAGGAGAUCCAGGUCUUGUUGGUCCUAAGGGUGACACCGGUGAAACUGGAAUCACUGGGAUCGAAGGUCCCCGAGGCUUUCCAGGAACCCCAGGCAGAAAGGGAGAACCUGGGGAAAGUGCCUAUGUAUACCGCUCAGCAUUCAGUGUGGGACUGGAGAGACAGGUCACUGUCCCCAAUGUUCCCAUUCGCUUUACCAAGAUCUUCUACAAUCAGCAAAACCACUAUGAUGGCACCACUGGCAAAUUCCUCUGCAAUAUUCCCGGGCUGUACUACUUCUCCUACCACAUUACUGUCUACCUGAAGGAUGUGAAGGUCAGCCUCUACAAGAACGACAAGGCCCUGCUCUUCACCCACGACCAGUUCCAGGACAAGAACGUGGACCAGGCCUCUGGCUCCGUGCUCCUCUAUCUGGAGAAGGGUGACCAAGUCUGGCUCCAGGUGUACGAGGGUGAAAAUCACAAUGGUGUCUAUGCAGAUAACGUCAAUGACUCCACCUUCACAGGCUUCCUUCUCUACCAUAACAUUGUUGAAUGAACACCGUUAACUCAGAGUCUCCAUUGGGCCAAGCAGCACAAAGUGAAAGAACAGUCCACAGGUCUACAGUGUAGUUAGGAGACCAAUUUUAUUAUCUAGCUGAGGGGAUUCCGAACAUCAUUCAUUCAUUCAUUGAUCAAGUACCUUUUUUAAGAAAUGAUAUACUAUGUUCCCAGGACAGUCUUGAAGAAGACAUGUCCCCUGGCCUCAAGGAUCUGUUGUGUAGUGGUAAUGGAAGGAUGAUAACAUUUACUGGGGAGUUUCAUAUACAUGACAAGAUAACUAACUACAAGAAAGUAUUUGACAGUGAUAUUCUGUGCCUGCUGUUUUUCCUUAUGUACAUGUCAAUCCUAUGAAGUACACAGGAAAAUAUUCUUCUCUUUUUUACAGUUGCAGUUCUGAGGAUGCCUAAGUCACACAGGCAUUAAGUGGCAGAGUUAGAAAUCCAACCCAGGGGUGUGGACCUUUUCCAGUAUAUGGUGUCUGUUUUAAGGACUAUAUAGACUUUUGGUAGAGUAUUGGUAGGGGUCUCCCACCAACUCAUCUGAGGACCUUUGAACCGGCCUUCACCACACAUUAAGCCUUUCCUUUGAAGCACUCCCUCAGAGAAGGUGGUUCCAUGACUAGGUCUCAUUCCAGCUGGACUACUCCAUACUUCCUCUUCUCUAUGUCUUUCCUCAGACCCUUCUCUCUGGCCCAGAAAGUUGACUCCAUCUCCACAUGUUCACAUCUUCCCUAUUCCUCAAGACCACCAGGUUGGGAAGCUUCUUUGAUGUGAUAUCUCUUCUUUCCUGCAAGUCUUCCUCACACCUGGGCCCCUGUGCUCUUCCACGUGUCACCAUGGAUGAGAGUCCUGGGUCUGUAAGACAUCCUUCCGCAGGCCAGGAAUAAUUACCCACAGAGGAUCAUGCUUCCUGCACACUGAAUCCCCUUGCAGGUCCUUGAUUGAUGCCUCAUGAAGAUCAAACUCUGGAACCUCCUAUCUAUCCAGAGUAAACUCCAUUUCUGUCUCUCCAUAUAACCAAUCCCUAUCUACAAAAACAGUUUUAUUUUAGGAACUCCUUGAUUUUAACUCCUAAUCUUUGUUCCACUGGAUGGCUUGAAUCUUUUCCACUGAGGUUAGGGAUGACUGUGCUUUCCAGAACACUUAAAGAAUUUUCCCUUAAGGAAGUAGCUUGAGCCUGCAAUGCAAAGCCCAUGAAAGGAGUUGGAAACUAUUCUUUCUUUGAGCACCAAUAGGGCCAGGGGAGACCUGGGCCUCCUGAAUCUAUUCUUGCUCUUUAAGAAGUGUUAAAAAAAGAAAGAAAAUGAAGAAAAGAAAAUGAUAACUGAGACGACUAUUUUAAUUAGCUUGAUUGUGGUGAUUGCUUCACAAUGUAUGUCUGUAUCAAAUCAUCAAACUGUACACCUUAAAUACAAGUACUUUGCAUUGUUAAAUAUUCCUCAAAAAAAAAAAUUACAGAUAGUUGAUGAGGGUAAACAUCCUCUCAGGAUGAAGAUGAGUGAUGCUCUUCAAAGAUUUUAGCAAAAGCAAAGCUAAUAGCAUUCUGUAUAAAUAUAGAAAUGGAAAACUUAGCUAUUUGCUUGCAGCUUUAAAUUCUGAAUGAUUUCCUUUUGACUAUUCAUUAGGCAAUUAUGAUAUUUACAUAUAAGGCUUAAUUUUUUUUAAUGCUUGUAUAUCAUUAUUUUCUACAAAUAAAGAUACUAUCCAGCAUUAAAAGUAGAACACUUAUUUCACAGAUCUUUUGUUUUCAUUUUUGGAGAAGACAUGGGGUUUAGAGAGGGAUGAAGAGGGGUAAACCUUGUGUUAAUCAGAACUCUAAUUUGUGAAUGACAGAUAAGAUGUCCUUGCAUUUCAUUGGCUUUGGCUGAGUUGUGUGCUCAUCUCUGACUAGUCACUGAAGUCAGGAGGAUGUAACAUAUUUAUUGGCCUAAUUGAUUAUGGCUCAGGCUGGAGAAGGAGUAUUUUCCUUAAAGCAAAAUCUGGACAGUUACCAGAGUGGUAGAUUAAAGCCUUUGCUAUCUGUCACAUGUACCACUCAGAGUUUGGUCUGGGAUUUUAGUAGUUUAAUUCUUUUUUAAAAAAAUAUUUAUUUGCCUGUGCCGGGUCUUAGUUGUGGCACGCUGGAUCUCAAUCUUCACGCUGGAUCUUUUAGUUUCAGCACUAAAAGGGGAUCUAGAUCUCUGACCAGGGGUGGAAUCCAAGUCCCUUACAUUGGGAUCGAGGAGUCUUGGCCAGUGGACCACCACAGAAGUCCCUGUAGUUUAAUUCUUGAAGCCUCUGCUAUGCUUUUUUUGGUCUGUUCUGCAUGUGUACACUGGGGGUUGAGUCUGGUACUUAGGGAGGGUCCCAAACAUAAUUAGCAGAGGUCCUGUUUCAGUUCUUUCCUUUCUGGCAUAUCCCUAUAUUCUCCAGCCCCUAGGGACCCUCCUUGCCCUGAUUCUUAUUGCCAGGAAACUAGAGUUCUCUCUGAAUUUUAUAUUCUUGCACCACUGUGCAGUCUUGUGUGACUUAGGCUCUCUUGAGGGGGAUAAAGCAGCAAGAGAAAAGAAAGAAAGGUGGGCUACAGAAAACAAGGAUUACCCACACUCUUUGAAUAGCAUGGUGCAUUUCACUGGUUUCUCUGGUCAGAGAGAGAGAUAUUUUUGGAGGAGGGAGUGAAUUUUAGAUGCUUGUGUUGCUGCUGUUGCUGUGGCGAUGCAGGCAGUGCUUGGGGCUGAUCCUGGCAGAGCUGGAAGAAAAAAGAGAAAAGAAAGCAUAUUUUUAAAAGUGGGAUUUCUCUUACACUCUGUUAUGCAGGGAUUGCUUUUUCUGGUCUCAGCAAGAGGUGAUUUCUCCUGGAAAUGGUGAUUUCUCCCAACAUGCCUAAAACACAAUUCCAGGACUUGGCCUGCCUUCAGGUCAAAUCCAUGAGACAAAGAAG